GACUGGUGGGAUGUCAAAGGCGAAAUUAGAUCGCUACCGGCAGGAUAUGAUUGGCUUGUUUGGCAGUGGUGGGUCAAUGGAUCGUAGGCUACAGGAAGCCUACAGGCGCUUUCGAAACUUUCUUCAUCGAACCAAGAAAUACACCUCCAUCGACGGCUACUGCACGUUGGCAAGCUUGAGUGCCAAGAUGGGCCUCAUGCUCUUUCAGGUACGCCCCAAGCUGCAUAUGCUCUGUCAUUUGGUGCUUCACCUUGAGCACCAGCUGGAAAGAG